GAUGAGCUGUUCUGCACCUUCCUUUUCCCAGCUCCCAAAUGGAAGCAGAUUCUGUCUGGCAUUACCAAUUCCGGAUUAUCAUGCUGGGUGAUUCCACCGUGGGCAAGUCCUCUCUCCUGAAGCGCUAUGCUGAAGGGGUCUUCCUGGAGUCCACAAGCCAAACGGUCGGGGUGGAUUUCUACGUUCAUUUUUUGGAGGUCAAACCUGGCCUGUGCAUCAAGCUACAGUUUUGGGAUACAGCUGGACAAGAGCGGUUCAGAUCUGUGACGCGUUCAUAUUACCGCAACUCAGCAGGCGGAGUGCUGAUGUUCGACUUGACCAACCGAGCAUCUUUUGAGAGCAUCAGGAAGUGGCACCAAGAAGUGAUGGAGACCAUCAAGCCUUAUCACAUGGUCUUUGUGCUGGUUGGCCACAAGAGUGACCUGGAGGCUGAACGCAAGGUUGGACGGAAAGAGGCUGAGAAACUGGCUUCUUCGCUGGAGGCAAAGUACAUAGAAACAUCAGCAAAGACCAGCCAGAAUGUGGAAGAGGCUUUCCAGAUACUAACCUCAGAGAUCUACGAAGCACUGAAAAGUGGGAAGAUGAGACCAAACGAACAGUGGGACGGGGUGAAAUGCAAAUUACCACCUGAUGCACAACCUAAGGUGCAGGAAGAAGGGAGGAAGAAGAAAUGCUCAUGCUAGCAACAGACAAACAUUUCUGGGAAACCACGCAGGAGUCCCAGGAGACCAUUUUACAGUGCCACUGCCUAUUUCUAUCGAAACCAACAACAGUUGUGGACAGUGUCCAUCCUAAGAUCCUCAAUUUCUUGUCAAUAAUCCAGGAUUUGGGAGAGUAACACCCCAAGCAAAAAACCAGAACAUUAAUCUGAUUAACAUUUGGGUGUGACAAUGACUGCAGUGUCACUCCUGGGCAUAUUGCACACCUCUGGAAAUAUGCUGCGUUUGCUCUUGAGCCACCCCAUGAAGUGCCUUCACCUGUCCCAACUAGUUUGCGUCUAUCCUGCUGGGUUGAAAUAUGUGCAGCUGUUAUAGGCUCCUUACCUCUAAGAAGCAUGCGAUUUCCCCAUCCUUCCCAGAACACCAACCUAAUUUCAGAACAUCCUUUUCAUUAACAGAUCGUAACACAUCCAACUUCCCUGGGUUUAACUUCUGGCCAGCAGGUAGCAGAGCAAACAUAUGGCAAAGUCUUUGGCUUGCCACAUAUCAGAACAGAAUCCUUCCAAGUCUCCUGCUUGCUGUCCAAGAAUUAAGGCUAGACUAUCAUUCCUGUGCCUAGAAAUAAAUUAUCAUCAGCUUUCUAAACAGGACUCUCAGAUAAAGGUCAAUGCCAUUUCACUGUUACGUCUCUGCCUUCGUUGUUUUUAAGGAGAUAUUUGUCUUAAUAUUAAAUAGGAUAAGGACAAGGAUUGUUAUGAAGCACCGCAGAACCAGGAGCAUUUUAGGCAUUCCUAGCUGAGCUGGCUCUAAAAAUCUUAUUUACAGCCUAAACAAAUGAUAAAAGAAGCAUCUUUUCCUCUAUUUGGACGUGGCUAUGACUAGCUGUUCCCAAAGCAAAACCUUUAGAACUGACAGCUGGCCCCUGCUUAGUUGUCAGGUAAGAUAUCCCCUUGCCAGUUAUCUGAAUUGCUGUGCUGUUGGAAAUCCCCAUUAUUAAGCAAACAUUCUUACUGUAUUUGCAGCCAUGGCAGCAUGAAAACAGGGAACGACCAUUAUAGGGAAUACACUAGGUUGUAAAAUAACAACAGAGGUGGAGUCGUCCUAGAUUCACCUUUCCCACAGCACUACCUUUAUCUCCACUAGAAAUAUAUUAGGAGUCCUAGGGCCCAUGUGGAUUUUCAAACCGGGUUGGGGGAGGGGGGCUUGAAUUUCCCAGCUCAUUGCAACCCCCUCAACCCCCCAGUCUGUAACUUCUGGGAGACAGGUGUUAAUAAGGGACUGCAGGAGGGACAGGAAACACAAGGUGUGUCUGAUAUAUUAUGCCGGCCAUUGGUUGAAUACAACCUUCUGUAGCAUUUUCAAAUCAAUACUACAAAGGGGCUACCAGCUGAGUGGAGCUAUUCGUUCAGAAACCAAGAUUCUCUGCCCAGUCACAUGGGAGUAAACAGCACCACUGCAUACCUGUAGGAUCAGGUUGCAUGACACAAGUACUAUACGUUAGGCAGUGUAUUUUUGCAUUAAAAAUCUGUAUUCUACAAUGUAAA